ACCAAGGCCUAUGCAAAACCUAAAAUUGUUCGAAAUGUGGACAACUCUGCCAAUAUCCUAGGAAAAAUCACGAACUACGUCAAAACUACUCUCAAAGUCAGUGAUCAUGAAGAAGAAGCUAAAUUCUCUGUCACCAACAUAGGAGAAGACGACUUAAUCCUAGGACUUCCUUGGCUACCGAAACAUAAUCUAGCUCUUAACUGGAGAGACGGACAUAUG